AUUAAUUUUAGUCUCCUCGGUUGAGUUUAUGUCACAUAUGUACAUCACGUUUGCGGAGGAUUUUGAUAUAAUUUUCGCUGACGGAAAGUAAAAUAUAGUUAUAUACAUACAUAUAUAAGUGCUUUGCCAACACCAGAAGAUAUUUCCUCAGCUUUUAUCUUUGCAAGUUGAGAGAGUGUAAAAUGUUUAGUUACACCCGAAAUUGGCCCUUUCUUACUUGUUUCUAACACAUAUCGGAAUAAUAAAGCUUGGCAAUAUUAUUCACUUAAAAAUGCGGUCGUCUCAUAUUUGCAUGUUUACUGGGAUCAGAAACCAUGAAAGAUUUAUUGACGCCUCAAAAAUUCAAGAGCAACUCGGAAAAAAGAGACCCUUUACUGUGUUGAAGAAAUAUGUUAAAUUUCAAAUAGGCUUUGGAAAUUUCGGAAGCGCUGACUUAACUCCGGUUAUGUCAGAAAGAAUCCAGAUACGUCUGACGCUUUCAUUCAUUGAGUUAAUAGCUUUCAACAUAACAUUAUAUGUCCCCACAUACUUAUCACCAAUAGAAACACAUUGCUCGAACUUAGAUUAUUUUCCUCAAAUCGAUGAUGAAAAGACUUCGAACGACGAUGCAAAUUCCAGACUACACUUAGCACGUUCAUGUAUAGCCUUAUUUGUUAUCGGUUUUGUAACAAUUUUCUGCGCUUUUUGGACAGGACUGUCUGGAUGCUGGAAACGAUCAUCCGGUGCCAUAACAGCUACUUCAAUUCUUUUAUUAGCAAGUUGCUUACUAUCUGCUGGCGCUAUGGGUUUAUGGCACACUGUUGAAUUUUUUGAAAAAGAGAAAGUUGUUGGAGAAGACUAUUACCAACAAUGGAAUACGGUACUCAGGGAUAACACAAAAGUAACAUACGAUUGGUCAUAUCUUAUUGCAUGGGCUGGAAUAGGUGCCUGUUUACUUGCGGCGAUCUUACUGUCAGCUGCUGCUAUUUGCUUACGGAACGAACGUGAGAAAGAAGAACAGUUGAACUUACAAUAUUUAAUGCCAGUGUAUUCACAGAAGCAACCGCCAUAUCCACCCUAUACUAGUUACCCACAACCACAAAUUUAUCCUGGGCCAUAUUACCACGGGUCUCAAUACGGACCAUAUAACUACUAAUUAUUGAAUACAUAUAUGCAUAUUAAUCUUCAUAAAAGAUUAACCAUUUUAUAACAAAUAUAUAUACCAACAUAUGUACUCAUCUAUGAAUAGGCCUAAAUUACUUAAAAUCGUGUUACUGUACUUGUAUCUUUUAAUUUAUUGUAAUUUGAUUUAACAUAAAAUAUAAAUAUAAAUUAUUUUUAA